CGUGGUUCCGUGCUGGAAUCGCUCGUGUCCCGUCAAAUAGGGGGAGUGAAACAGCACCUGCUGCCAUUCUGGCAUUACGUCAAUGGUAGACAUUUCAUUUGCUGGUUGGGAGGAGUUACUCUGACCGCCAUUGUUACAGCUUCGUUCGUGUCGGAGAACGUGAUCUGUGAAUCUUCGUCAUCGCAUCACCGAUUUCAACGGGCCGUUGAUUAUUUGUUUAAGUUACUUUUAAUUGGAGAUUCUGGAGUUGGAAAAUCGUGUCUUUUACUCCGCUUUGCUGAUGACACGUAUACAGAAAGUUAUAUCAGUACUAUUGGUGUAGAUUUCAAAAUACGAACAAUUGAUCUAGAUGGGAAAACAAUAAAAUUACAAAUCUGGGACACAGCAGGUCAAGAACGAUUUAGAACAAUUACAAGUUCUUAUUAUAGAGGUGCACACGGUAUUAUCGUUGUUUAUGACUGCACAGAUCAGGAAACAUUUAAUAAUGUUAAACAAUGGCUAGAAGAGAUUGAUCGUUACGCAUGCGAUAAUGUGAACAAGCUGUUAGUUGGCAAUAAAUGUGAUCUACACACUAAAAAAGUUGUUGAUUACACAACAGCAAAAGAAUACGCAGAUCAGCUUGGUAUACCAUUUUUGGAAACAUCUGCUAAGAAUGCAAUGAAUGUCGAACAAGCUUUUAUGACAAUGGCUGCAGAAAUAAAACUUAGAGUGGGCCCUCCAUCAAGUGGUAAUAGUGAUCCUGCAAAUAAUGUGAGAAUAGAACAUGGACGUCCAAUUGAAUCCUCUAAAUCCGGGUGCUGC